GUGACCUUUGGAGUGAGAGAGGAGGCCGCGCAUGUUCUCGGUCAGAUAACAGCUGAGCUGUAAAACAGACCUCGGAUCAGAUCAACAUAAACACAGUUUCUCUGCUGCAGACAACAUGGCGGGCAGGAAGUCGGUGUGCUGUGGUUGUUCUGCUCGUGAGGUCACGCUGACCGUCCUGUUCAUCGCCAUGACAACCGUGUGUGUGACGCUGAUCACAGUGAUGGUGUCAUGGAAACCACACAAAGAUCCGGAGCCGACGUCUCCUUCCGGCCACACUUACUGGAUCGGAGCGGGCCGGGCCGACUGCACCGGGCCACCAGCUGAAAUCCCUUUGAUGGGUUAUGCAAACCCUCAGCAGACGGCUGCAGGCAUACACACUCGCUUGUACAGCCGAGCCUUCAUCGUCGACGACGGGAAGCGGAGAGUCGUGUUUGUCACUGCAGAUGUGGGAAUGAUAUCGCAGAGGCUCAGACUGGAGGUUCUGCAGGCGCUGCAGGUGAAAUACGGUGACCUGUACCGUCAGGAAAACGUGGUUCUGAGCGGCACUCACACACACUGUGGACUGGGCGGAUAUUUCCAGUACACACUGUUUAUGAUGAGCUGUAAAGGUUACAUCAAGGAGUCCAUCAAGCCGCUCGUCAAUGGCAUCGUAAAGAGUAUAGACAUAGCCCACGACACAAUGAAGCCAGGCAGGAUUUACAGGAACAGAGGAGAGCUGGAUGACAGCAGCCUGAACAGAAGUCCUCAGUCCUACCUGAACAACCCCAAGGACGAGAGACACAGGUACGAGUGGAACACAGAUAAACAGGUGCUGGUGCUGAAGUUCACGGACCUGAAUGGAGAUGGGAUCGGGAUGCUCAGCUGGUUCGCCGUCCACGCCGUCAGCAUGAACUACACCAACCGCAUGGUGAGCAGUGACAACAUGGGCUAUGCCUCCUACCUGCUGGAGCAGGACGAGAACCCUGGAGAGCUACCUGGACAGGGACGUUUCGUAGCUGGUUUUUCAUCCAGUAACCUCGGUGACGUCAGUCCAAACACUAAAGGACCUCACUGUGCCAACACUGGACUGCCCUGUGACUACCUGAACAGCUCCUGUCCUGUAGGAGGGACUAAGAUGUGUAAGGCGUUUGGACCUGGAGAGGACAUGUUCGACAGCACGAGGAUCAUUGGACACAACAUCUACAGGAAGGCCAAGGAGCUGUAUGAUAGUGCAGUGGAGGAGGUAAGCGGCGUCCUUCACUUUGCUCAUCAGUGGGUCAACAUGACGGACGUGACAGUUCAGAUCAACGACACACACACGGUCAGUACCUGUAAACCGGCUCUGGGUCACAGUUUUGCAGCAGGAACCACAGACGGAGGAGGAGACCUGAACUUCUCUCAGGGUGCUGUGGAAGGCGACCCGUUCUGGGACGGUAUCAGAGACGCCAUCAUGGGCAAGCCGUCCAAUCAGACGCAGGAGUGUCAUCAUCCCAAACCGAUCCUGUUCAGCACGGGCGAGAUGAACGUCCCUCUGCCGUGGCAUCCUCAGAUUGUCGACGUUCAGAUGAUCACCAUCGGCUCUGUCGCUGUCGUAGCUGUUCCUGGAGAGAUGACCACCAUGUCGGGGAGGAGGUUAAGAGAAGCUGUCAAACAGGAACUUGAGUCGGAGGGUGCUUUCAGUGACUCGGAGGUGGUCAUCGCGGGCCUGAGUAACGUGUAUACUCACUACAUCACUACCUAUGAAGAGUACCAGGUUCAGCGGUAUGAAGGAGCCUCCACCAUCUACGGUCCGCACACGCUCAGUGCCUACCUGCAGAAGUACAGAGGCCUCGCCAGAGCCAUCGCACAGGACAGAGUGUCGGAGCUGCCGAUCGGCCCUCAGCCUCCGUUCUUUGAGAGGAACCUCUUCAAUUGGCUGCCUGCGGCGUCCAUUGACAAGAAACCAGUGAACAGCAGCUUUGGAGAUGUCCUGGAGCAGGUGUACCCCGUCUACAGACAGGGUGAUGUUGUCUCCGUCACGUUCGUAGCAGGAAAUCCGAGAAACUCCGGAGACAUCAGAGAUAAAACUUUUGUUACCGUGGAGAUUUAUGACAACAGAACAGACACCUGGAAGGUCGUCCACACUGAUGCAUCAUGGGAGACCAGGUUUCACUGGCUGAAAGGUUCGAAGCAGCAGAGCAACUCCACAGUCGAGUGGCACAUUCCUCUGUCAGCCCCCAGCGGCUCCUACAGGAUCAAACACUUUGGACACUCCAAAGAGAGAAAGAACCUGCGACCCGUUGUCACGCCGUACGAAGGCACGUCCAACGUCUUCAAAGUCGCCACCAGCUUUUACUACGAGUGAGGUCACAGCUCCUGAUCGAAGCUCAAAGAAAGAAUCUCCAGAACUUUCUGGAACAACUCGAGUGACUUUCACAAGCUCACGGUUCUGAUAACAGAGCGGGAAAUAAAACAAAUGUCACGCCUC